AUGACGCAUUCUAUUUCCUCCUAUAAUCGUUGGUCUUCCUGUAUUCUUCUCGCUGUGUUAUACUUGGCUUCUAGUCCCCAUGCAACCACGGAAGCAGCUAGAUUGGGCAGUCAUGAACUUGUGAUUGAACAGAAUAAAGAAGAAGAACACAAUCCAUACGCUCAAAACAGGGAUCCUAGCUUCGCCACCAUCUCCACUGAUGUUCCGACCAUUUCCAUUGGAUUGGAUGUUUAUGGAAAGUCUGUCGAUUUGCCUCUCGUUGGAGCUGGAACCUGGCAGUACAAUGAUACGAUUGCGUACGAAUCUGUCUGCAAGGCCAUUCAAGCGGGAUACACGUUUGUAGAUACCGCAUGGGGCUACAAGAAUCAAAAGGGGGUGGGCAAAGCCCUACAAGAUUGCUGGUUUGGCAGUGGAAAAUCUCGCGAAGAUUUGUUUCUCAUGACCAAGAUUCCGGGUGGUCUCAACACGUCGGAGGUUUGGGCGACUCAUCAACAAAAUUUGAAAGACUUGCAAUUGGACUAUGUGGAUCAUCUCAUGACACACUUUCCUGCUGACUGGAAAGAGACCGUGGCAUCACCAGAAGCAAGACAGGAAGAAUGGAUGGCCUUGGAAUUCAUCUAUCGCACGGGACAAGCUCGAUCGAUUGGAGUGAGCCACUACUGCACUCAACAUUUUGAAGAUAUCCUAAAAGUGGCAACCGUUAUGCCCUCUAUUAAUCAAGUGGAAUAUCAUGUCGGAUCCCAGGAUAUUGACAACGUCAUGAAAUAUUGCGCCGACCACAAGAUCACCUUUAUGAGUUUCUCACCCCUGUGUGGUCCCUGCGAGUAUGAACCACAAGAUUCAUUGAUUCAUGGUGACUUGGUGUCGAAAAUUGCCUCGCAUUACCAGAGAUCAACCUCUCCCAAUCUUCGACUUGAGUCGUCCGAGACGGAUGCCAUUACUGGAAGUCAAGUGGCACUUCGAUACAUUGUCCAACAGGGAAUCCCAGUCAUUCCCAAGAGUAAUACCUUGAGUCACAUGCUUUCGAAUCGCAACAUUUUUGACUUUGAGCUGACUCCAGAGGACAUGGAUGCUUUGGCGGGGGCAUCCAAGCCCGCAGGCGAAGGAGGAGAUUGCGAUGUACCAUAA